UUGUGGUGGCUGGGGUGUUGGUAGGCAUGUGUGUGUCAAGGGAUGUUUAGUUGUUGAGCAGAUGGUAUAUUGAAACAUUUUCAAUUUCAACAGUGAGUCAGGAGUCUUAGGGCCUAGCCCUGGCUCACCUUGCUGUGUGACCUUGGACAAGUAUGUUGGUUUCACCCAGCUUCAAACGUUCUAUUUACAAACCUGGGCUCAGGAACGCUGUUCUCUUUGUUCAAGGAUGUUGUGAGGGCAGUGGGGAACUAUUUCAGAGAGGCACAGUGGUCUGGGAAGACAAUCUUUACACCAGGCACGCUGGGAGCCAGUGGUGGAGUGAUGAGUAUGGUGGUCACCCUUUGGACCAGGCCUGUCUCCUCGGGAGCUCUUGCUUUGGUUCAGUGGCCUGCAGCUUUUCAAACUGGGCUGGUGAUUGCAUCUGGAAGUGCCCAUGACAGAGCUGGUGUCCUCCAGGGGAGGGUCCCCUACAGGGGACGGGGAGGAGGGUCUGGGGGACGAUCAAGGCCUGGUUAUCCACCACCCCGCGGAGGAACAGUGCCACCGCUGCCCACUGUGCGGGCAGACCUUCUCCCAGCAGCCCAGCCUGGUGAGGCACCAGAAGGCGCACGUGGGGGCUGGCCGCGCAGCCGCCUUCGUGUGUCCCGAGUGCGGGAAGGCCUUCAGCGUCAAACACAAUCUGGAGGUGCACCAGCGCACGCACACUGGCGAGCGGCCCUUUCCCUGCCCGGAGUGCGGCCGCUGCUUCAGCCUCAAGCAGAACCUGCUCACGCACCAGCGCAUCCACAGCGGCGAGAAGCCGCACCAGUGCGCGCAGUGCGGUCGCUGCUUCCGCGAGCCGCGCUUCCUGCUCAACCACCAGCGCACCCACGCGCGCAUGCCCACGCCGCACCCGCGCCGUCCUGGCGUCUUCGGGGAGCGGCGACCCUACUUCUGCCCUCGCUGCGGCAAGAGCUUCGCGCGUGAGGGCUCGCUCAAGACCCACCAGCGCAGCCAUGGCCACGGGCCUGAGAGCCAAGCGGCCCAUUUGAGCCAUGUGCUAUGACCGGUGGGAGACCUGCCACCACCAGCUGCCUCCGAUCCAGAAGCCACAUCCAAGGGUGCUGAGUUGCAGUCUCCUGGCUGGAUGGGCUCCUGGGAGGAGGCCGGGACCAGCUUAGGAUGUUGAAAGUUUUUCUUCCUUCCCCUGGAUCCCUUGGCUGGCUGCAUGUAUCCGCUUUGGGCACCUGCAUUAGUUUGCCUCUUCCGGCUGCCUAGAGCAGCAUGUCAGACUUGAAAGCGACUUGGAGAGGGCCACUUGCCACGGUUCCCAGACCCAAGCUCGGUCCCCAAAGCCUCAGCCUCCUGCACCCACUGCCUGAUGGCCUCGAGAAGCCAUUUCACUCCAUGUCUCAGUUUGCUUAUCUAUACAAAGUGGACAGAUAGAAGUGGACCUCAUGGCCCAGGACCUGCAGGGCACCUCUGGGCAUGGAAACUCAAAAUGGAGUCUCAGGUCCUGGGCUCCUGGCAUGAGGACGUGUCUCCUCAGAAGACCUACCUCAGGAGGUGUCCUGUGUCGGUAGAGCAUGGGAUUAGAGGCUGAUUCCAUGCCUUGGUGGGAAAAUUCCCCAGAUCUGACUUGAGUCACAGCUGGGCAAGCCUCUUUUUUGGCUUCCUGAUCCUAGACCUCGACUCAGGUGUGGAGGCAGAGACAGCCCCUGUGGGGAGAGGUGGCUUCUCUCUUCCAGCCUGGUUCAGCCCUUGGUCGAAGGGCAGGAAAAGGAGUGACUGUUGUGUUACCGUUGCAGCAAGAUGGUGGCGGACUUGGCUCAAGAGGCAAAACUUCCCUCAAGAUGUGAACAGCACAUGAAGGCUUCCAGGCCCUUUCCGAGCUAGAAAGGUUAACACUUCAGGGGCUUGUGGCUCUUUAAAACCUGAUGGAGGCUGUGGACCUUGUCUUAGAACUCACAUACUCAUGGGGCUCUCAGUGCCAAGCAGUUUCGGGAGCCUCUGGACUCCAGCCUAAAGACCUCAGCCCUGGGGAUUCCAUCUCCCAUCCUUACUCCACACAAGUGUGACGUUCUCCUCCUGGUUUCCUCUUGUUUGGGAAUAAAGAAUUCUGAGGCUGAGCCCCUUUUAUUCCA